AGUUAUCGAUUGAUUGUCAUCCAAUCACAUGAAAAAUUAUUAAUAAUAAUAAAACGUCACACUCAGGAGUUCCGACUCAAUGGAAGCCCAAGUGGACGUUCGCUAAUUAUUAUUUAAUUUGUUUACUAUCCACUUUUCUUCAGCAAUAAAAAAAAAAAACCACUAUUGUGUGAACAAUUACUUAUAAUAAUGAGCUCAAUGCUAACGUGUAAAAUUAUUUCGUCAUCAGAUUAUCGCGUUGGCUGCAAGCGAAAAUGUCAAUUGUGAUGUGGGUGCAGUAAAAAAAAUUUCAUUUAAAUUUAAAUCUUAAAUAUUUGUUUUAAAAUUUUAAUUUUCGCGGUGAUCUCAGUAGAAGCAAAAAAUAAAAUAAUUAAUAAAUAAAUAGUAGGCAAUAAAAAAAAAAAUUUGUUUUAUUAAUUUACUGAACUUUUAAAUGAAAUGAAGGAUUUUGCGGGAAGAAAGGUCAUAGGGAGCUCCCUUUCAAUCUAGAUUGAAUGAGAUAAAUAAACAAAUAAAUAAAAAAAAUGUUAUAAGGAUUUAAAAACAUGAUGAUCGAGGUGGGGAAGGCGGCACGAAAUAACUUUUUUAUCUGUUUUAAGAUGAAAAAAUAAUAAGAAAUAAAAAUAUCGAUAUCAAGUAUCAGUCUUUUUCAACGUACGAUUACAGACGCACGUGAUAUUAUUUCUUCUCAUUUCAUAAUAAUUUUGUUAGCUAAAUAGACGCGUGCUAAUCAUUUUACAUGAAUUAUUGUGACUUUUAAUUUAAAAGAAUAAUAGUAAAUUCAAAUUUUAAAAAAAUGAAAUACAUUUCGUUAUUUAUUGCAUGCAUUUUACCGUCAAAUGUACUGACAUUUAGUUUGUUACGUGAACUGUUUUUUCCAAGAUAUCCUGUUUUGAAUCGUGUAAGGAAAAUAGAUUCUAAUCAAGCGAGACUUAUUGAUGAUACUGCGGUAUUAGACUUUGUGGGACUGGUAGAAAAACACGGAUAUCCGGCAGAAGAACACAGUUUGAAAACAGAGGAUGGGUAUAAAAUAAUAUUCCACAGGAUACCUGGCAGCCCAAAGUCAAAGUCAAGUAAAAAAAAAAAAAUAGUAUUUCUUCAACACGGACUAUUAGGGUCAUCAGAUUCAUGGGUUCUCGUGGGACCUGAUAACGACCUUGCUUUUAUCCUGGCAGACGAAGGAUACGAUGUCUGGCUUGGCAAUGUCAGGGGUAACUCUUACUGUCGUUCACACGAAGAAUUAUCAACAACAACUCGUGACUUCUGGAGAUUCAGUUUCCACGAGAUCGCAUUGUAUGAUAUAUCUGGAAUGAUAGAUUAUGCAUUGAAUGCAACUAACGAAAAAACUAUUUAUUAUAUCGGUCACUCAAUGGGUUCGACCGUGAGUUAUGUACUUCUUUCAAUUAGACCAGAGUACAAUGACAAAAUAAAAUUGGCAAUAAGCCUUGCACCAGUUGCUUACUGGAAUGUUCUUUCUGAAACAUCUAUUUAUAGAGUUCUUGAAAGAAAUAUUGACUUUUUACAGUCAUUUUUUGAAUCAAAUGGUAUCUAUGAUUUAUUUCCGCAAUCAACGAAUAAUGCAGUAAUUGCUAAGGAAUUGUGCCGUGAUAAUGUUAUUACACAGCCAUUAUGUAUCGCAGUACUCUUCGCUUUCGUUGGAGCAAACCCGUAUCAAUUUAAUGCUACACUUUUGCCACAUAUUUUAAGUUACGUUCCCGCGGGAACUUCAAUCCAAAUAAUUUAUCAUUACGGACAAAAUAUACGACAAAAAACAUUUCGUCAGUAUGAUUACGGUUACGCCGACAAUUUUAAAAUUUACGGCAAAAAAAAACCGCCACUUUAUGAUUUGAAAAAAAUAACAGCAAAUUUUUCGCUAAUUUACGCAAAUAAUGACAUUCUUGUUCCUCUAGAGAAUGUAUUUGAACUAAAAAAAAGAUUGCCAAAUAUCGUGCACUUUGAAAAAAUAAACUACGAAACUUUCAAUCAUCUUGAUUACCUCUGGGCACGAGAUGUUAAAGAACUUCUGUACAAUAGAAUAAUAAAACUUUUUUCCCAGUAUUAAUUAUAAGAUAAAAAAUAGGUUAAUUAAUUAUGUUAUGUGCGACAGCAGGAAAGAUUGAACUGAUUAAUCAUUUAAUGAAUCUGAUAGUUUUUUAAAGAAUUAGUUAUAAGAAACUUGACUAUGUAAGUUUUUUUGUAUUCAUAAUACAGAUGACUGAAUUAA